CCACUCGACGGGGCUCUCGCUUUUCAGAGCAUUGCUUUCGGCCUCGGAGCGCCCUCCGAGCAGUCCUGCGCCUUUCCAAAUCAGCCUGGACCUUCCGACGGAGACGGGUAAUCGAUCCGCGGGCGCCAAGGGGGAUUCCGCCGCUCGGAGAAACUUCUUCCCGCGUGGACUGAAGGAGCGGGUUCCCUUUUCGGCUGGAACCACUUCGGCUGCCUCCUUCGCGAAGGAGGAAGCGGGCUCAGGCAUUUCUCUUUUGGACACGGGCUCUUCCCGCCAGCCCCCUGCUUCCGGUCCUGAGGGGAGUCGUGUGGACGGUUUGAGCAUCUUUCUCCUCUCCGACUUCCUUCGAAGGUGACUGCUGAGCUGUGAAUUAUGGCACCCUUUUUACGAAUAUCAUUCAACUCUUUUGAGUUAGGACAAGUCCAGAAUCAGGGAGAGCAAUUACUGCCUUUCUGCGCAAUAAAAAUGAAAGAGGCUUUGACUACAGAGAGAGGAAAAACUUUGAUUCAGAAGAAGCCCACUAUGUAUCCCGAUUGGAAAACUUCUUUUGAUGCCCACAUCUAUGAAGGACGUGUGAUUCAGAUUGUCCUCAUGAAGGCUGCAGAAGAACCAUUGUCUGAAGUGACUGUAGGCGUAUCAGUUUUAGCUGAAAAAUGUAAAAAAGGCAAUGGAAAAGCAGAAUUUUGGGUGCGUAUUAAUUUAUGAGAUCAAUUAUUUUUGUCAUUAUUUACCUNAAGAAAUCUAAAUUUCUUUCAAAAUGAAGGAACUGUGACUAUAAAUAGAAGAGGAGCAAUCAAACAAGCAAAGAUCCACUAUAUUAAAAAUCAUGAGUUCAUUGCCACUUUUUUUGGACAACCUACAUUUUGCUCUGUCUGCAAAGAUUUUGUUUGGGGACUAAAUAAGCAAGGAUACAAAUGUAGACAAUGUAAUGCUGCUAUUCACAAAAAGUGCAUUGAUAAAAUCAUUGGGAGAUGUACUGGAACUGCAACAAACAGUAGAGACACAAUGUUUCAGAAGGAGCGCUUUCAUAUUGAUAUGCCUCACAGGUUCAAAGUUUAUAAUUAUAUGAGCCCUACUUUCUGCGACCAUUGCGGAAGUCUUCUCUGGGGACUAGUAAAACAAGGAUUAAAAUGUGAAGAGUGUGGAAUGAAUGUGCACCAUAAAUGUCAAAAGAAAGUAGCAAAUCUAUGUGGAAUCAAUCAGAAAUUAUUGGCAGAAGCUUUAAAUCAAGUUAGUCAGAAAUCUACCAGAAAAUCUGAUUCAGGGUCAGUAGAAAGUGUUGGAAUUUAUCAGGAUUUUGACAAGAAGCCUAAAGGUUUUCGUGCAGAUAUGCCAGGUAAAAAGAAACUGUAUCUUUUCAUUCUGAAUAGCUCCUUCUUGUUUUAUGGUGCUGAAAUAGUGUGUGGUUUGCAGUUUCUUCACAGUAAAGGCAUUAUUUAUAGGGAUCUCAAAUUAGACAAUGUGAUGCUUGAUAAAGAAGGCCAUAUUAAAAUAGCUGACUUUGGGAUGUGUAAAGAAAAUGUAUUUGGAGAAAACAAGGCAACAACAUUCUGUGGUACUCCAGAUUAUAUAGCCCCUGAACUAUUUGAAAGAGAUUCAACAAAGAGAUUGGGAAUAACUGGAAACAUCAGAGAUCACCAUUUUUUCAAAGCAAUUAAUUGGACAACACUGGAAAAGAGAGAGAUGGAACCUCCUUUCAAACCAAAAGUGAAAUCAGCAAGUGACUAUAACAACUUUGACAGAGAAUUUUUGAGUGAGAAACCUCGAUUAUCCCACAGCGACAAAAACCUAAUAGAUUCUAUGGAUCAGUCUGCAUUUGCUGGUUUUUCAUUUAUCAACCCCAAAUUUGAGCAAAUUCUGGAGAAAUAAUUAAGUAAUCGAAUUCUGGGGAACAGCCCUAAUGAAAGCUUUCCAGCUCUUCAUAUGGAAUGUGACUGAAAGACAUUCACCUCGUUGUGACCAACUGUGUAGUGAUUAAUGCUUCUGCUAAUUCUUUAGCAACUGGCAGAAACCUUGUCUUGUAAAACUGAAGUAUCCUUGUGAAUUAUGUGCAUAUGAUUUUCUUUGCAACCGGGAAAGUGUAGAUGUAUGUGUGUUAUUAUUUGAAUGUAGUUAUUUCUUUGGACAAUGUGUGUUGCAGGUGUGCUUUAUUUUGCUUAAGAGGGGAGAUAUUGAUUAUGAAGAUACAGUUUAAAUACAGUGACAUAUUAACACAUUAACACAUUAAUUCUCAUCAAGCAAAAUGGCAUGACAAUCUAUUCAAUUAAAUCUGGGUUUCAAAUAUUGGUAUUUUUAAUAAAUGCCAUCGGUUAAUACUGCUUCCUGUAACAUGUAUCCUUCCUUAAAAUUUUAUUUUCUUUUAGUUCCUGGAUAAAAAUAUUAAAAUCAUGAGAUAGAAGAAUUUCUAAAUGCCCUUUUCUACUUUGCUUCCACAAUAUAUAAUUGUGUUCAUUGAUUAGAAUAAAGUGUUUGGUGGCACCUUAAAAAUACACACCUGCCAUUGUGUAUUAUCCACACUCUGGAUAACCAAGAGUACACCAAAGUAUACAUACUUGAUAAUUUUAAUGCUUUGCAAGACUAAACUUGCAUGUACAAUCUAAAAUUCACAUGAUGGAAGAAAUCCUAUAAAACAGUCGAAGUUACUUCUGAGUAAACAAAUAUAUGCACCCUUUUCCAAAGAUACAGAAUGAAGAUAAUGGGGCAAAGAAAAUAAGCUUGGCAAAUGCACCUUGAGUUGAUUUGAGAACAAUUGAAGUAUUAUUUUGAUUUUGGAAGAAAAGAAAUGAGCAACCCCAAAGCAUACAAGUGAGUUUUGCAGGUGCAUUUUAGCAACAAAAAAUGGAAAUAAAUAUAUUAAGCUUCUGAGAGGCAAAAUGUAUAUUUCUUGGAAACACCUUACAGUAUGCAGAGACUGAACAAGUUUAGAUUCAUGAAUACUUUGAUGUCAUUGGACAUGAUCUAUAGAUAGCACCUACCAAUUGUCCAUUAGGUUGUCCAUUAGUGUAGGCCAAUAUAAGUUGCGUCAUCAUUUAAGAACUUUUGGUGAAAUUGUUAUCUGGUUUCUAUAGGAAUAUUUAAAUGUGCAGUUUGUUAUGAGAAGGCUAUUUUUUACUUUAUAACAAAAUAUUUUUAAUAGAGACAAUGGUAACGUAUAGAACAGUUGAAACUUGAAGACUGAGAAUUUUCUUAUUCUUGAAAGACUUGAUGACACUUAAAAUGUAAAUAAAUAUGUUCUGUUGUUCUCCCACUUCA